AUGGGUGUGGUGGUGGUGGGGGGAGAGCUGGCAGGGCAGGAGUUUCUGCUGAGGGGGGUUGGAGUCCCAGAGCAGGUGAGAUCUCUGUGCCUUCCCUGGACCCGAGAUCUCUCUGUCUUCUGGGAGCCAGCUCUGCACAAGCAGGUGCCAGGCCAGUUUGCAGACAACCAGAACUGGAUCCAGAGAGAAUGGCUCCAGGGACCCAGAGACCCUCAUCCCAGCAGCUGGGUCCACACAAGGUCUCUACAGUAUGAAUGGGAGGCCCCCUCAGAGGGAAGGCCCAAGCAGUGUCAGGGACCAGGAAAAGCUCAUUUUCAGAAGGAGUUGGUGACAUUCAAGGAUGUGGCUGUGCAUUUCACCCAGGAGGAGUGGCGCCUCUUGGACCAUCCUCAGAGAGAGCUGUACAAGGAGGUCAUGCUGGAGAAUGUCCAGAACCUGCUCUCUGUGGGACUUCCAGUUUCUAGAGAAGAUUUGAGCUCUCCUUUCCAGGAAGGGGAAUCGCCAGGGAUGGUAGAGCACAAAGGUCCAAGGAUAUCCUGUCCAGGUGGAGAGACCAGGUUGGAAGUGAAGAAGAUGGCUACAAAGGUGAACAUUUCUGUUGAAGAAUUUGUCCAGCUUAGAUUUGAGAAUGAUGGUGCCUGUAACUGCAAUUUGAAAGAAAUCUGUGACUCUGAUACCAAGGGGGGUAACAGUAUCUGUGAAUUUGGUGAAAUUGAAAAGGCACUCAGACAGUUUUCAGUCUUUAAUAACAGCAAGAGAACGACUUCAUGGAAUGAAUAUUUUGAGGACUGUGAAGAAAAGAAAUGGUUUCCUCAACAACUAGAGCCUUUUGAGGCCCAGGAGAAGUCUCUUCUAAUGAAAAUAUCCAAAGGUAAUCAUCUGGAAAUGGCUUUGAAUUUGAAUUCUAAUCUCAUUAGACAUCAGAAAAGUGACAAAAGUGGGAAGGCCUUCAGUGAGAACUCUAAGUUCAUUCCUCUUCAGAAAAUUCAUAUUAGAAAGGAGCCUGUUGAAUACAAUGAAUGUAAAGCAACCUCAUCCUAUCAGUCAUAUCUUCCUUGCCAUGCUAGAUUGUACCAUGGAAUAAGAAGAGAUGCAGUUCAUUGUUGUGGAAAGGCCUUUGGUUGGAACUCAGAUCUUAUUAGGCAUCAGAACAUUCACAUUGGAAAAAAGUUUUAUAAAUGUAAUCAGUGUGGAAAGACUUUCACAGGGGAAUCCCAUCUUGUUGUACCUGAGAGAAUCCACACUGGAAAAAAACCUUAUGAAUGUCUUCAUUGUGGAAAGACUUUCGCACAUGAGAGAACCCAUACUGGAGAGAAACCUUAUGAAUGUAAUCUGUGUGGGAAGGGUUUCACAAAGAGAUGCAGUCUUGUUCAGCAUGAGAGAAUCCACACUGGAGAGAAACCUUAUGAAUGUCAUCAGUGUGGGAAGGCUUUCACAGAGAAAUUCUCUCUUGUUGAGCAUGAGAGAAUCCACACUGGAGAGAAACCCUAUGAAUGUGAUCAGUGUGGAAAGAAGUUCAGGUACAGGUCCAGUUGUGCUGCACAUCAGAGAAUCCACACUGGAGAGAAACCUUAUGAAUGUGAUCAGUGUGGAAAGAAGUUCAGGUACAGGUCCGGUUUUACUGCACAUCAGAGAAUCCACACUCGAGAGAAACCUUAUGAAUGUGAUCAGUGUGGGAAGGCUUUCACAGAGAGAUCCGAUCUUGCUAGGCAUCAGAGAAUCCACACUGGAGAGAAACCUUAUGAAUGUAAUCAGUGUGGAAAGACUUUCACAAAGAGUUCCAGGCUUGCACAGCAUGAGAGAAUCCACACUGGAGAGAAACCUUAUAAAUGUAAUCAGUGUGGGAAGGCUUUCACAGUGAGAUCCAGUCUUGUUGCACAUCAGAGAAUCCACACUGGAGAGAAACCUUUUGAAUGUUAUCAGUGUGAAAAGGCUUUCACAGUCAGCUCCCAUCUUGUUAGACAUCAGAGAAUACACACUAGAGAGAAACCUUAUCAAUGUAAUCAGUGUGGAAGGACCUUUACAGAGAGACCCAGUCUUGUUGCACAUCAGAGAAUCCACAAGGAAGAGAUCUUAGGAAUAUAA